GCCGACAGCCAGAGUUUGCAGGACUGGCAGCGCUGGCUCAGGUCUGUUCCCACCGAGAGAACUGCAUAGCAUUGCGGUGACAGGACUGGUGCUGGUGCGUGGGAGAGUCCGGCUCCUCCAGAGUGCCGACAGCUUCGGCACAAGCCGCCUUCCCAUUUGGAGAACAGCUGGAGCUGACAAGAGGGGUCCUUCAUCACAGACAACAGCAGGCCCCAGCCUGCACGAGGCCCCGAGUGGAAGAGAGAGCCCUUUGGGGCACAGCCCCCCUGGCUACACCCAGGUGUGGAGGACCCCACGUCGACAGCAGGCCCCAGCACCAGCCUGCUGUGCAGCCCAACCCACCGGCUGGUGCCGUGUUCCCGUCCACCAGCAGGCACUGGAGCAAGCCACGCACAGCUGAGGCCCUGGUGGAGCAGGUCCUGGCUGGGCUGCAUGCGGGUGCUGGAGAGGGAGCACCCAGCAGCAGGGUCCCUGCCUUGGCAGAUGUCCCAUGUGCCCGACUCCCAGAACAUGGGGGAGGUGAAGAGGGAGUGUGAAGCCACCUACACCUCCCUGAGCACAGUCAUUGUGUGGCACAGACAGCUGGUGCUGCAGCUGGGGGCUAUGGCUGACUCGCCCCGGCUGCGGGAGGAGCUGCAGGAGCAGAGCAAGGAGGCGCACGAGCUCAGCAAGGGCCUGCGGAACAUGCUUCUAGCCAGGCUGAGGCAGCCCCUGGCCAGCCCAGAGGAGCGGCAGGAGCUGGAGAGGCUGUGGGUGCUGUCCCUGUCAGCUCUGGAGCUCUUCCACCAACACCUGCACAGGGCCCAUAAUCUCUGCCAACUCUUCCCCCUGCAGGGGCAGGGGGUGCAGCUGCUGAGCACUGGAGUCACAGGGAAGGCCACAGAUGGAGGGCACAAGCCCUGGAGGAGGCCAAGCCGCAAGGGUGCCAGGAGCACAGAGCAGCUAGGUGCUGCCCCUGGCCUGGAGGAGCAGAUUGAGCAUGUGGGGACCAUGCUGCUGGAGAUGGAGACCAGAGUCAAUGUCCCUGUCUGGACAGUGGAGGCCACAGAAGAGGCCGGGGCUGAAAGCAGCUUGGCCUUUGAGGCAGAGGGGUCGUGCAGCGAGAGACAGGCUGCAGAGGAGGCAGGUGGCCCAGGGUGCUGCGGGCAGCGUCCGGGCUGGCCCACACUCUGCUGUACAUUGUCAUGACCAGCCCCCCAUGCAAAGGGGCAGGACUUUGCUUGCCCCAGGAGAAGACCCAGAACAGGGACCCUCGGCCCCAGCAGUCCAGAAAGGCAAGUUUCUUUGAGCACAUGGAGUCCAGCGGGGAAAACCAGGAAGAGGUGCUCUAGCUUGGGGUAGGAACAGGUUGGCUGAGGGCUCCCCUGCCAGCAGGGCAGUCAGCUCAGUGAGCACGUAGGACAGUGGUGGCAAGGUAGGGGAGCACUGCAGGGUGGUGAAGAGCCCCCCAGCCCUGGAGGGAGUCACGGCAGAGGAGACUGUUGGGGGAUUAAUAAACCCCGUUGUUCUCUCACUUGUGUUCAUUCCCUGUAGAGCCUGCAAAGUGCCCCUGCCCCAGGGAACCAUUUCCACACCCACAGCAGUGGUGGUGAUGGAGGUGCCUGGAGGUCAUAGAGAUCUGGGCUUGGAAUCCCCAUCUGCUGGUGUGACUGGCCCCAGGUGGCAGGAGAUCAGCAGCUGAGAGCUGCCUCAAGCCAGGCCCUCUUGGUUCUAAGUGCCCUGAGCUCAG